CUGCGCCUGCCCAGCGCCGAGGCGUACGCGAUGGCUGUGCCGUACACAAACUCGAUUCCACGGCGAAUUUCGCCGCUCUCGCCCACUGAUCUACAUUUCACCUCCAAUAUGGUGGAGAAGGGGCUGAAGCGGUUGCGUCAGCGCACGGAGAGCGGUCGGACUCAACGCACAAGGUUGCAGAGGUUCAAUGCUCUAGAAAUAAUACGACACCCGACCCCGAGCAACCGCACGGCUGCGCCCGACGCAGCGGAUCUAAUCGCGCCUACCGCCUACUACGGCACUGCCUCGUAG